GGAGAAAAGCAGAGCCGCGACGAGAAAAAAAAAUAUUUCGUAAAAGUCCCAUCCUCCAGAUUUCUCUCUGGUUUCUUGAUUUAGCGACGCAGAAGAUCAUGGCUAGACGAGGACGAAAAGACGAUGGCGGUGAUAGUAUACGGCGGGUGAAUACGUAUGACGAGAUGGAGAAAGACGCGGUUGAUGAGUUUCACGAUCAGCGCGAGAAGAUUCUGUUUGGGGAUGAUGGCGCCUCUAGACAUCAAGAUGCAGAUAUGGAAGCUAGCGAUGAGGAAGUUCUCGCGAUGGAUGCGUCCUCCGACAACGAGAGCGAAGUCGAAGAGGAGCUAGAAGAAGAGUAUGAGGAAGAAGAGGCCCCGCAAAAACCCAAAAAGUCCUCAAAGAAGGAAAGCAAGAAAUCAAAGACGGUCUCUGCUACCGAGGUGUCGGACGACGACGACGACGACUGGCGGGCAGUCAAGCAAAAAUCUGCGCUCGACGAGGCUGAUGAGCUUUCUGGCUGGGGUACCUCUGCACGGGCGUACUAUAAUGCCGAUGACGUCUCUGACGAAGAGGCAGCUCAAGAGGAGGAAGAAACGGCGCGAAAGAUUCAACAGAAGAUGCUGAGCGACAUGAGCGCUGGCGAUUUCUUGGACGACUUUGAAGAGGCGAUGGUGACUGCUGCGAAGGAGGAAGACGAGGUUUUUAAGAAAGCCGUGCGGGACGUUGUUCCGCGGGUCGAGAUCGAAAAGAUGUCGAAAGAGGAGCAGCUAUCGUUACUGCGGACGCGGAAUCCUGAGCUGUUCCCGCUGAGCAAGGAGUAUUCCGAAAUGCUGCCGAUCUUUGAGGAGAUGCGCGCGGCGGGUGAUCGGUCGGUGAAGUUUGUUGCGCUCGCUAGUUAUCUGGCUUGUAUUUCGGCUUACUUUACGUUGUUUUGCGAUGAGACGACGGAUGAGAAUACGGUCAGAGAUCGGCAGGUUAUGAACCAUCUACUGGUCUUGAGACGGUACUGGAAAAAGAUCUCGCAGACUGAGGACGUAAAGGUGUCUACGCCGGAUUUGACGAACGAGAGUGAUGAGAAUGAGGGCGAGAGCGAAGCCGAGAGCGCUGUCGACGAAAGCGACGACGAAGAAGAGGAAGAAGAAGAAGAGGAGGAGGAAAGCUUUGGAUCGAUAAUUACAAAGAAGUCCGCCCCGUCAAAGAGAAAGCGAUCUCUUCCUACUAUUGAUGUCGAUCUUGAUCUUCCAACCGUCGCUCCUCUUUCCAAGAAGAAGAAACUCGCUGCCGCGCAAGCUGGUAGCGAUUUCGUUGAUCCUAGUGCGCUCGAUGACGUCGAUCUGUCCGACAAACUGACCCGUCGUAAGACUCUACGCUUCUACACUUCCAAGAUCGACCAGAAAGCCGCGUCUCGGAAGGAGAAGUUUUCUGGAGAUGCUGAUCUGCCUUACCGUGAGCGCGAGAAGGAGCGUCUGAGCCGGCUGUCGCAGUUGGCGGCUAUGCGCGGACAAACCAGAGCAGAGGAAGGUGAUGCUGAUUUCUUGGACGGCAAGGAUGGUGAUGAGGAUGAUUACGAUAACGACUUCACUUCGACUUCGUUCGCGCAGAGUAACGCCGGUGAUACAGUUGCUGGCUACGGCGAUGGCGAUGCGGACUCUGACGACGGAUAUUACGACAUGGUAAAGGCGUCCAAGGAGAAGAAGAAGCAAGACAAGAUUGAUCUGCAUGAGUCGAUCAAGAAAGCCGCAAAGGAAGGAAACCUCGCGAAGUUGCAGGAUGAAGUCGGCGAGGACGGCAAGCGUGCGAUCAAUUACCAGAUCUUGAAGAACAAGGGCUUGACGCCGAAGCGGAACAAGGAUAACCGCAAUUCGAGAGUGAAGAAGCGCAAGAAAUACGAAAAGGCAAAGAAGAAAUUGGCGUCGAUGAAGGCGAUUUAUAAGCCUGCCGAGUCGGCUUAUGCGGGUGAGAAGACUGGUAUCAAGAAGAAUGUUACAAAGAGUAUGAAGUUUAGGUAGAUGUAUAAUUUAUCGAGCUAGGAUUGCAUGUUAUAAAUAGCGAAUGUAGCAAACGGCAGUAGCAAAGUACAGUAGAGAGUAGUUAGUAUCCUAGGACUCGCCGAAGUUUCUCACGAACAGCGAUAUCAUCGAAUCCCGCACUAAAAUUCUCUUUUAAAAAUCGGCGCGCAACAAGCUCCUAAGCGAAAACACCGUUAGCUCGGACCUAUACCUGAAA